AUGGAAACUUCCCUCAACCAGCCAGCAUCUAACAAAACCAGUUCGAAGAGCAAUAACUCUGCAUUUUUCUACUUUGAGUCCUGUCAACCCCCUUCUCUUGCCUUAUUCUUACUACUCAUAGCCUAUACUGUGGUCUUAAUCGUGGGUCUUUUUGGAAACCUCUCUCUUAUCAUCAUCAUUUUUAAGAAGCAGAGAGAAGCUCAGAACGUCACUAAUAUACUGAUCGCCAAUCUGUCCCUCUCUGACAUCCUGGUGUGUAUCAUGUGCAUCCCUUUCACAGUCAUCUACACUCUGAUGGACCACUGGAUAUUUGGAGACACCAUGUGCAAACUCACUUCCUAUGUGCAGAGUGUCUCCAUCUCUGUGUCCAUAUUCUCACUUGUAUUAAUUGCUAUUGAAAGAUACCAGCUGAUUGUCAACCCCCGUGGCUGGAAGCCCAGGGUUUCUCAUGCCUAUUGGGGCAUCACAUUGAUUUGGCUCAUUUCCCUUCUGUUGUCUAUUCCUUUGUUCCUGUCCUACCACCUCACUGAUGAGCCCUUUCGCAACCUCUCUCUCCCCACUGACAUCUAUACCCACCGGGUGGCCUGUAUAGAAAACUGGUCCUCCAAAAUGAACCAGCUCCUCUUUUCCACCUCUUUGUUUAUGCUCCAGUAUUUUGUCCCUCUGGGCUUCAUCCUCAUCUGCUACCUGAAGAUUGUUAUCUGCCUCCGCAAGAGAAACAGGAAAGUAGACUGGAAGAAGGAAAAUGAGACCCGGCUCAGUGAGAACAAGAGGAUCAACACAAUGCUGAUCUCCAUCGUGGUGACAUUUGGAGCCUGCUGGCUGCCCUUGAACAUCUUCAAUGUGAUCUUUGACUGGUAUCAUGAGGUGCUGAUGAGCUGCCACCAUGACCUGGUAUUUGUAGUUUGCCAUUUGGUUGCUAUGGUUUCUACAUGCAUAAACCCUCUCUUUUAUGGCUUUCUCAACAAAAAUUUCCAGAAGGACCUGGUGGUGUUUAUUCACCACUGUUGGUGCUUUGCACCUCGGGAAAGAUAUGAAAAUAUUGCCAUCUCCACUAUGCACACAGAUGAAUCCAAAGGAUCUUUAAAACUGGCUCACCUGCCAACAGGUAUAUAA